CUGCCAUUUCCGUUUUGCAGUUGCCGCGAGGUUGGCGUUGUUUUGAGACUAGUUGUAAUUUUUAAAAGAAUUUCUAUUGAAUUAGUUGUGUUUCAACAUAAAAUAACAUCAACAAUUAUUUGUUGUUACUAUAAUUAUAACUUUUAAAUAAAAAUAUUCAUUAAAAGAGUGAAUAAAAUAUGGUUGGAUCACGGGUAUAUGUUGGAGGACUACCCUACGGUGUCCGAGAAAGAGAUUUGGAAAGAUUUUUCAAAGGUUACGGCCGCACCAGAGAUAUUCUCAUCAAAAAUGGCUACGGCUUUGUUGAAUUCGAAGAUUAUCGAGACGCAGAUGAUGCGGUCUAUGAAUUAAACGGGAAAGAGCUACUUGGUGAAAGAAGGGUGGUUGUGGAGCCGGCAAGGGGAACUGCCAGAGGUAGCCAUAGAGAUAGAUACGACGACCGCUACAACAAUCGUCGUGGAGGAGGCGGCGGAGGGCGUUAUAACGACAAACGUAGAGGCUACAAUAGCUACAAUAGUCGUAAGAGCCCAGGGCGUGAUAGUGAUGAUGGCAAAAAAUCCAGGCACAUGGACAAAUCUGGAGAUGAUCCCAGAUCAAAAAAUUCCAGAUCGUCCUCAAGAUACGGACCACCAUUACGCACCGAAUACCGUCUAAUCGUAGAGAAUCUUUCAAGCCGAGUCAGCUGGCAGGAUCUGAAAGACUAUAUGCGUCAAGCUGGUGAAGUUACUUAUGCAGAUGCCCAUAAGCAGAGGCGCAACGAAGGUGUUGUUGAAUUUGCCUCAUUGUCUGACAUGAAGACAGCUAUUGAAAAGCUUGACGAUACCGAUUUGAAUGGUCGUCGUGUUCGUUUGGUUGAAGAUCGCCGUGGAGGACGCAGUGGUGGACGUGGAAGGUCUCGUUCAUCAAGCUCUCGUUCUAGGUCUCGUUCACGUAGACGUUCUCGCUCAAGGUCCCGUCGUUCAUCGCGAUCACGUUCAAAGUCUCAUAGCCGCUCCAAGUCUCGUGGAGCUCGUUCCAAGUCAAAGUCAGUUGUCAAGUCACGUUCAAGAUCCCGUUCUAACAAAUCAAGAGACGUUUCCAAGUCCAAGUCAAAAUCACGCUCCCGUUCACGUUCAUUGAAGCGUGCAUCAUCUAGAUCACGAUCCCGUUCACACUCCAAGCGUGAAUCCCGUUCCAGGUCACGCUCCAAGUCCAGAAGAGAUUCACACUCAAGGGAUCGUUCUGGAUCGGAAAAUAACAAAUCACGCUCCCGGUCUAUAUCCCCAAAGAACGGUAACAUGUCACCCGAUAGAAAUAACGAGAGCAUGGAAGACUAAAUGGCUUAGUUUUAUCAUAAUUUUAACGUAACGGUUUUUUUUUCGAUUCAGUUUCUCACGCGAAAAAAAGAAAAAACAAACACAAAUCUUAGGCAUUAAUAGAUGUAACUAUUAUUGUCACCUAAGUUUCAAAACUUUCAAUUGACAUUUUUCACAGUUACAUAAUUGUUUUGAUUUCAACUUUUUCCCCUUCUAUAAAAUAUAAUUACAUUUCUAUUGUGUAGUGUAAAGCUGGAAUUAUUUUCUUUUUUGCAAAUUUCCUAAGACAAUUAUUAAGAAAUUAAUAACAAAAAAACUAAACAAAAUUCAUAUGAACUACAUUUAUUAGAUAGAUUUCUUGUUUUUUCUAAUGAAUGUAUUUUAUUUAUUGGAUUUUGAAAAUUGCAUAUAUAAUAUUUGUGGAAUUUUAUUUAAUUAAAAUAUUUAAACCUGGUGUAAGAAGGAAAACAAAAAAAAACUUAUAUAAGAAUAAAAUUUGCUUCUUAUAGAGAGAAGUAUUGGCCCGGGCUCAUAAAUCGAUAUCAUCGACACUAAAGUGACAUUGCAUAGUAGUUGAUUGAUGAUCAAUAAACAGAAGGGAAGUUACAACAGCAAAAUAACAAAGUUAAGUCCGGCGUUUUUAAAAUUAAUAGCAGUAUCUACCUAGAAAUUACAUUUUUUUAUUUUUAACUUCUAUUUGUAUCUGUAUGUUUAAGGUUCAAUAAAAAUAAAUAAAAUAACGUAUGAAUUAAAAAAAAUAAA